GCGGGCGGGCGGCGCGGCCGGGCGGCGGCGAAGGGCUGCAUUCAGAGCUCCGAGGGGAGGUAAUUCGCCGGGAACAAGGGGCAGGCGUUGCAAAGUAUAAAUAGUGCCACUUCAAUCGCCGCGUCGCUAUCAGACCCCGAGAGCUGGCGCGGAGAGCCGCCCCGGCCCUGCACGUCGGGCGGCGCGGCGCGGCACGGCUCGGCGCGGCGCGGCACGGCUCGGACCGGCACGGACCGGCACGGCACGGCACGGCACGGCUCGGCACGGCGCAGCACUGCUCGGCUCGGCACGGCUCGGCACGGCCGGGGGCGCCGCCGCCACCCCGCCCCGUGGAUGCCCGCCCGGGGGGGCGGCACGGCGAGCCGGGGCAGCGCGCCCCUGAGCCGCGGCCAUGGAGGAGCUGACGGCGUUCGUCUCCAAGUCGUUUGACCCCAAGGCGAAGGAGAAGAAGGAGCUGAUCACCUACCGCGAGGUGCUGGAGAGCGGCCCCCUGCGCGGCGCCGCCGGCCCCCGGGAGCCCGGCGGCCCCGCGGCGGAGCCGGGCCGCGACGAGGCGGGCAGCCCCGCGGGGCGGGCGGGCGGCGGGCGGACCCCGCCGCGGGAGCCCGACGCCGCCGCCGCCGAGAGAGCCGCCGAGGCGGCCACCCCCAAGCUCAGCGACGUCUCCCCAGAGCUGAAGGAGCGCAAGGAGGAUGCGAAAGCAAUGGAAGACGAAGGGCAGACGAAAAUCAAGCAGCGGCGGAGCCGGACCAAUUUCACCCUGGAGCAGCUGAACGAGCUGGAAAGGCUUUUCGACGAGACCCACUACCCGGACGCCUUCAUGCGGGAGGAGCUGAGCCAGCGGCUGGGGCUGUCCGAGGCCAGGGUGCAGGUCUGGUUCCAGAACAGGCGAGCCAAAUGCCGAAAGCAAGAAAACCAGCUCCACAAAGGGGUGCUGAUCGGCGCCGCCAGCCAGUUCGAAGCCUGCCGGGUGGCCCCGUACGUGAACGUGGGCGCGCUAAGGAUGCCCUUCCAGCAGGUUCAGGCGCAGCUGCAGCUGGACAGCGCCGUGGCCCACGCCCACCACCACCUCCACCCGCACCUGGCCCACGCGCCCUACAUGAUGUUCCCCGCGCCCCCCUUCGGGCUGCCGCUGGCCACGCUGGCCGAGUCCGCCUCCGCCGCCUCCGUGGUGGCCGCCGCCGCCGCCGCCAAGACCACCAGCAAGAACUCGAGCAUCGCCGACCUCCGGCUGAAGGCCAAGAAGCACGCCGCCGCCCUGGGGCUGUGACCGGGGCAGCGGCCGGCUCGCUUCGGUCCUCCGGAGGGGAGCAAAGCUGCAGCCAAACGGCGACGAGAAGGGGGAGAGGAGAGACUGACGGGAGAUAUAUACUUAUUUAAAGAAUUAGACGAACUAGACGCGCAGCUGGGAAGUUCACAGGUUUUGAAACUGACCUUUUUCUGCGAAGUUCACUUUAAUACGAGAAAUUUGAUAAGAGAGGCGGGCCUCCUUUCACGUUGCAUCAGAUACUUGAGUUUAACAACCACGUCGGGAAUAG